GGUUGCGCGGAGUUUAUAUCUGCCGACUAUUUUCAUGUGCUUAGCUUACUCUGAAUUUCUGACAAUGGAUAAAUAGCCAUGUUUCGUAAAUAAUAAACCAAUUCAUCUAUUUCAAAUAUUUAUCGUAAAAAGUAAAAUAUAUCCACUCUUGAAUAUGCUGUUACGACGAUUAUCCACCUUGUACGGAUGGAGGAGGCUUAUCUCUCCCAAAGACAUCAACUCGAAAGUUUUUCAGAAUGCAGGCCGACAUGAAAUUCAACAAGUAGAGAAAUUUACAACACCGGUGCUAAUUUUCCCAUCGAAGAGGUACUUCCGAGUCUCGCCAACCUCAUUGUACGAAGAUGCUGAUAUUGGCUCAGAAAACGCAGCCCGAAGAAACAUCCCCAACAUUCUGUUUAUAAGGAAUCAUCCCGCAUACCUCGACCUCUUUUUCCAUUACGACCUCCACCAAGUUGAAACCGAGAUUACCCAUCCCGCGGUCAAAAACUUCAUCGCCAUUGCGAGAUCUUCCCCUGAUGAGCAUGUGUUUCACGUCAAGUAUAAAGGGGAGGUGGACGCCCUUAUUGCCUCUCUUCAAGAGCUGACUGAAGUCGAGCUGCAGUAUGCACUUUUCCAUCUGAGAUUGUUUUCUUAUCCGAAGGAUAAGGUAGGCAAGGUGAAAUUUGCCAAAAUCUGGAUGCCAUUUGACGACGAGUGUCUCAGACGGGGAGUGGAACGGAAAAAGUGGAGGGUACCCAUUAGCUUCGUUUAUGCAAACUUAUGGGACUUACUCCUACUUGGGAGUAAGUCUACGUUCCACUGGAUUGUUAUUAAAACUUGUUUUAGAAAGGUGGAUACUUUGUCUAGAGAAAAAUUUGUGCGAAUGUGCCAAUGCAUUUGUCGGGCAAAGAAGCUACCCAAGGAUCUCAAACUGUAUAACGUAGAGUAUAACAUCACCAGACUGAUGGAAGACUCGGAAAGGAAUGGGAGACGACCUAUCACGAUGGAAGAGUUGAGUGCAAUAUGCACCGUGUUUUAUAAAACGAAAUAUCCACUACAAACGACCCAAAUUGUGAUUGACAUCCUUAAUAUGUGUAUAGAUAAUUCAAAAACUAUUUCAAACGCGAGUGUAACUGCGAUAUUUAGUGGACUUUGUAUUUCAAGACGACUCCACAUUGAGGAGACCGUGGCUAAACUGUUAAAUGCAAUGCUGCCCGAAGUGCCUCGGUUGGAUUUAAAUGCAUGUGCUGCAUUACUCUUGUUUGCCAGUCGAAAUCGGGUGAGAAAUGCUAAAUUUUUGUCAGCCAUCGCAGAUCGUUUAGAAGCUGAGAAGAACAACGUAGAUGCGAGAGAUCUUGACAUCACUCAUAUUGAUUGGUUGGCCCGUUCAUUUGAAGAUUUGGAUCAGCCAUCGUCGCCCGCAUUCAAAACAAUUUUCACCAUUAUGGAAAAUUUCGCUUUAGCAGUACAAGCAAGAUCAUCAUUUAGAGAUGUGCGUAUUAAUGAUGAAGAAAGUGAUGAGGACGAAGCGAGUUCUGAAAGUCCUGAUGUAAAAGAUGAAUCAGUGAAUGAUCUAAUUGCUAAAAUAUUUCAAAAGAGACUAAUCCCUAUUUUGAAUCAUCUUGCGUAUGGUGGAGUGUAUCCAAGAAGUCUGAUAACAAAGGCUCUUUCUAAGGAAUACUUGAACACAACAUAUGGUAAAUCUAUGUACACAUAUCCGAUGGAAAUUCUCCGAUUGGAUCAAGAAGUUGCUCCUCAACUAUCUGACUAUACUGGGCAACGACUUUCGGAAAAAGUUUUAGGAUUUUUGACAAAGACAUUUAUGACAUGGGUUCCUGAUCCAAAACAACAAAAGGUUCAUGGUUUUGAAAAGUUUUCUAGAAAUGUCUUUGAAAUGACAGGAGACAUUCUUGGCGAUUCUAGUCACGCGUACUUUUGCAACGUAGUGCCCCACUUUGGCACUCUAGAUGUUGUAUUUUGUACCAACAAAUCUGGUCAAAUUGUUCCCGUCCCAGAGUCAUUUAAAGGAAAACAAGAGUACCAGCCAAAAAUUUUGACAUCUGAAGACCUUGAUGGUGGAGAUUUACAAUAUCAUGCGAUUAUUACUUAUUCGUGGGACAAAUUAAUAUUUGGAACUGACGAACCCCUCGGACGUUUCAACGUACUUAAAGGGAAAGUUGAGAAAAUGGGAUACAAGAUUUACGAGAUUUCAUACAACGCAUGGAUAAACAAGUCUCCUGAGGAUUGUCAAAGCCUCCUACGAACUGUGCUACGAGACGUCCUGGUUAAAAUCCCCAAAUCAGAAAUUGAGAAUGAGAGCGGACGACUGUCGCAAGUUUAGUAAGAGUUGUUUGCAUAAUUUAUAACAAAAUUGAAUAAAAUAUUAAUAAUAUGAUAACUGUUAUUGAAAUAACACAAUCUCGCAUUUCAUUAAAUUUCUUAAUAUUGCUAA